CAUUUUGCUAUUCGCCGCCAUCAUUCUUCAAGUUUUGUUUGGCGUGUUUGUAGCGAAGUUCGCGUUUAAGAUUAAAAAAACUCAGUAAUUGUUCAAUUUUCUUCCAAUUUUUCUGGUAUUUAUUUAAUUUUUUGCCAUGAGUGACAGAGAGGGGAGCCGCUCACCCAUUGAUCGCAAACCAAUGAUGGACCGAGACCAUUCGCCACACGCAAGGCGGGAAGAGUCUCCAAGAAAUCACAAGGCCAAAAGUUACUCAAGGAGUCCGAGUCGGAGUCGAAAAAUGUCAUAUCGAGAUGGGGACAGAGACCGAGAAAGGCGCCGCGACGAUAGAGACAGAGAAGAUCGCAGAUACAGGUCGCGCAGUCGAUCACGCUCAGACAGACGUUACAAGUCCUCGAGAUAUUCACGUAGUCACUCGCGUUCCCCCGGCGACCGGAGGUCGCUCUCACAUAGCCCUAUGUCUAGCCGCAGGCGCCAUUUGGGGACCAGGGACAAUCCAAAACCUUCACGGUGUCUUGGCGUUUUCGGAUUGAGCGUCUACACCACAGAGGACGAACUAUAUCACAUCUUUUCCAAAUAUGGACCGCUUGAAAGGGUGCAAGUUGUCAUUGAUGCAAAGACUGGACGCUCACGAGGCUUCUCGUUUGUGUAUUUUGAAAAUACGGAAGAUGCAAAAGUAGCCAAAGAUCAAUGUUCUGGUAUGAAAAUAAACGGGAAAAAUAUUCGAGUCGAUUAUUCUAUCACAGAAAGGGCGCAUACACCGACGCCUGGAAUAUACAUGGGAAAACCUACAUAUAAAUAUAAUGAUCGUUACGAUCGACGUCGGGAUAGAGAUGAUUAUUAUGGUCGUGGUUCGCGAUACAGCCAUAGACGUUCUCCAUCGCCCUAUUACAGGCGACGUCGUUACGACCGUUCGAGAUCUCGCAGUUAUUCGCCUCGUCGUUAUUAAACUUCGUGGGGGCACUGCAUUUAUUGGAGAGAUAAACCUUAGUUGUAAUAUUUCGAUUGGAGUUUAUGCCAGUAGUAAAUGUAUAUUUUUUACAUUUGGUUUUUAAUAAUGAUAUUUCUGGUGUAAUCUCCAUGAGUGUUUUUUAUUGGUUUAUUUUUCAUGCGCGCGUUUGAAUGUUGGCGAGUUUUAAACGUCAUCGUGGAUUUUGUAUAAAUGAUUCGAAACUUGAUGCCUAAAAAAAUGGUUAAAAGUUUUGAAUAUGUAGUGUAGUUUUUUUUUGUUCUUCCUUCUUGAUUUUCUUGAGUUCAAUCUGUGACACUUAGAUAAGAUCUAAUAAAUGAUUGAUAUCAACACUAAUAUCGUUUUCUUUGUUUAAAAAGGGUUAAGAACAAGAGGUUUGGGAUGAAUUAUGAAGUUUAUAUAAGAAAUAGAAUUUUCUCAAGUUACCUUAAAUCACUUCUCUGAAGCUUAUUUCAAUGAAAUCAGCUAUGAAUAAAACACACGAAAUGAAUUGUGAAAAUACAUCCAUCAAGAGAAUUGAGAAAUUUAUUAACAACUCUCUUGAAGAAUGAAAAAUUGUUUUCUUUUUUUAUGUAGAAGACUCCUCACUCAGAUCCUUGUUGAAAAUCAGCUAUUAGUUCCACCAAGGCGAUUUACAUUGUUCAUUCAGACCGAAAAUCUGCUCCCAAUUAGAUCAAACCUUGAAAUUUGAAAAUGUAGGAAUUUGGUACGUAGAACGCCAAAAAUAUACAAACUCAAGACUUUCUUAUCUACUCUUGUUUUCAACAGAUUCACAGUAACAGUUUUCAUUUAAUCUAUAUGUAUUUUUUGAAUAUUGUUAGACAUAAUGCAUGUCACUGUAUUCUUUCAUAUCCAUGUUAAAAACAGCUUAUACUAACUUUUUUUUAUUCAUUUACUAAUGUGCACAAUCAGUUUUAGUAUAAGGUGAAUUGGAUUUUUUUAGAAUUAAGCUUUGAUCUACUCUUAAGAGUAGAACAAUACAUAUAGAUUUUCGCUGUAACCUUUCAGUUGCAGUUAACAUAAUGCUAAAUAAUUUUUUUCCUCAAUAGGUACCCAGAAAACUUGAAGAUUUGCAACGAGUUGUACAAACGUCUUAUAUUGUACUAAUAGCAGUAAAUAAAUUGUCCAAAAAUAA